CUUCGGAUAAGUACUCAGCAGUGCGAUGGGUGCGAAGGAAUCAUGACCAACUUGAUGAGUUCAUCAGAAAGGCCAGGAAACAAGGUUCAUGAAGGCCUGGAGGAACGUGGAGAGCCGACCACGGGAACAGAUAGACUCCGGACCGGUCGUGCACAAGCCAAACUUCAUCCCGAGAUGGGGAUCCGGGAUACGAGGAAGGUUGCCAAUCACAUGGACCUCUUAUCCCUGGCCAACUUCUACAAUGAGAUGAAGCUGAAUACCAUCGGCGACUACAUCAUCAGCACUGGGGAGGCGCAGCGCCGUAACAGUGAAGACGCAGUGCCGAUCCCCAUGGACGGCUACGGCGCCAUGGAAGACAGAGAAUCGGGACGAGCCCUGCAGCAGAACAACAUUCUCCCCGAGAUUCGAACGAGAGGGAAAUCUCUACCGCCGAGUCGAGGAAGUGAUUCGUGA